GGUGUCACCCUGACCUGCAUCUGGCUCCGCCUGUGGGCUGGGCGGGCGGUGACCUUCGGGGUCUCCCUGGGGCCAGGAGCGCAUGAGGGACUUUCUGGGGAAGAGGGACAAGGGGCAGCUUCUCACCCAGAGGAGCAGGCGGCUGAAGGAGACUCUCCUGCGACAGACGGAGCUCUCCGUGUCCGAGGACGGCUACGUGCACUUCGGCCACCAGGUCAUGGUGGUGAACCCCGACUUCCCCGAGCCCGACGAGCCGGUCCUGAGCGGGGUCCUCAGCCUGUGUAUGACUCCGGACGAGAUCAAGGCCCACCUGCUGGACGAGCUGGAGGUGCCCUGCGGGCUGAGCGCCGCCCAGGCCAGGGUGCCCAUGGGCAGGAACACGUUCGUGGUCCUGAGCUCGGACGGCGGCGCCGACGGCCGGGUCCUGCGCUACGGCCAGAGCUUCUGUCUGGGGAUCUGCGGCUGCGCUGCUGGCAAGCAGCUGUACCUGUCCAGCGACCACAGGACCCUGCAGCGGUCGUCCCCGAGGUCCUGGCUGCAGGAGGUGUUCCUGACCGACGAGCGCUCCCACCUGAGCUGCUGGCAGGCCGCCUGCCCCGACCCCCAGCUGCGCCUGGAGCAGGAGGGCGCUCCGGUUCCCGUACUGGGGGACGAAGGCCCGCCAGGUCCUGGGGUGAGACGGACUCUGUGCAACUGCACGGCCACCUCUCGGGGCUUCCUCCUUCUGGUCUUGCUUGGCAUCUAUGGGACAGCCAUCGUGGUCACUGGGGGCAGGCACUGGUGGCCACUGGAGUGA